CUACAACAUGGCGGACGACGGCGACGACGAAGGCUUGUUGUCGGUUAGCAGGCCGGCAUCGGGUCGUUCUUCCAAGAUGAGCUUGAAACAGGCAACGUCAAGAAUCAAACAAGAAGCUCUGAAGACCAUGAGAAUGUCGCGAUCGAGUAGUCCUAGUGAAGAUAUUGAUCGUCAGUCUUCUGAUCCACAAAGAGAAGACUCUGAGAUGGUUGAUGCACUUGCACCUGAGGCGGGUGACGAUACAGCUCAGCCGGUUAUUUCUAAGGCAAGAAAAGAGAGUUAUGACGGUGGAGCAAGUGAAACAAGUGGCAGAGUUGAUUACACGAGUGGUGGUUAUGCUAGUGUUGAGGGAGAUGACGAUUCAGAUGCUGACUAUUAUGGAGAAGGGUCUGAUUCAACAGGAAGUGAAACAGCUGCACAUCGUCGACGACGACACAAAAGCAAAAACCUAAGAAAGAGAAGGUACACAACAGAAAGUGUGACUUCAGAACCAACUGACGAUCCAGGAGCAGUUGAGAAGUCACCAGUUGUACCAGAUCAGGCGCAGAAUGUACACGAAGAACAGAAAGAAAGUGAAGAAGAAGCAGACAGACAAGCAGGAAUAUCUAGAAGAAGAACAAGAGGAAAGAGAGGUAAGAGGGCAGCUGAUGAAGAAGUCGAAAGUCAAGAAGGAGAUGAUGAAGAAGGAGAAGCGUCACGAGAGACAAUAGACAUAAAUCAAACGACAGAAACAACAGAACCAAUGGAGCAAAGUGAGCCAUCAAAUGAGGUGUCAACAGAACCAACAGAAGAUACUCAACCGACUGAACCAUCUGUACCUCUACCAUCUGUACCUCUACCAUCUGUACCUCUACCAUCUGUAUUUCUACCAUCAGAACCAUCUCCGUAUGACUACGAUGACUUCGUAUCCCAACCAACAUCGAACAACCUCCCUUCAUCUCUCGUCUCUCUCCGUCACUCGUUCGGCUACGAAUGCCAGCGAAGAUCCAACCUCCAUAUUAUCGAUCAGAACACCGUCUUAUUCAUUGCAGGCAACAUGGUCCAACUCCUUGACAUCCACACACUCAAACAAACGUAUUUGAGAAGCACAACAGGCUGCGGUAUCGGCUCAAUCGUCAUCCACCCAAGUCAUCGAUACUUCGCAGUCGCCGAGAACGGAAACUUUCCACCAAUCAACAUCUACACGUACCCGGAAUUGAGACUCCAUCGGAUACUAAAGAACGGGACAGAAUCCACGUAUUCUCACAUCACGUUCAAUCCAACAGGCGACAAACUGGCAUCUGUAGGUAGUUACCCUGAUUACAUGUUGACAGUUUGGGAUUGGGAGAACGAGCAGAUUAUUCUCCGGACGAAAGCGUUCUCGCAGGAAGUCUAUCGUGUUAGUUUCUCGCCGGAGAACGAAGGGCAGCUGACGACGAGUGGAACGGGGCACAUUCGGUUCUGGAAGAUGGCGAACACGUUUACGGGACUGAAACUGCAGGGAGACAUUGGGAAGUUUGGACGUACGGAAUUGACGGAUAUUGCGGGGUAUGUGGAGUUGCCUGACGGGAAGGUGUUGUCGGGUACGGAGUGGGGGAACAUGCUGCUGUGGGAUGGAGGAUUGAUAAAGGUGGAGAUAUCGAAGAAGAAGAAAUCGUGUCAUAAUGAUGUGAUUGAGGAAAUAUUUUUGCACGAGGGAGAACUCAUCACUGCCGGAGCUGACGGUUUCAUCAAGGUUUGGGAUUUCGAGACUAUCGAUAGUGCAGAUAUUACUGAGGACAAUUCGGUGUUUGAAAUGGAGCCAAUGAUUGAAAUAAAGGUUGGAAACGAUGUUGGUGUGAAGUCGCUGGUUCGUUCAGUCAAUCCAGACACGCCCAACAUGUGGCUCGCUCAGGACUCUAACGGAGGAAUCUGGAACGUUGACAUCUCAGUGUCUCACACAAGAAAAUCUCCUGAACGUCUAUUCUCAUUCCAUGCCGGCUCCAUCAACUCCAUCGCCGCGUCUCCUCUCACACACGUUGCAGCCACAGUCGGAUCAGACAGCACCGUCCGACUGUUUGACUACAUCAACAAGCAGCCGUUAACUCAAGAGAAAUUCUCAUCCGGUGCCACGUCUCUCGUGUGGGCACCACUAGAACUUGAUGCUGCAGGCUCGACGCUCCUGGCCGGUUUCAGGGACGGAGUUGUGCGAGUGUUUAGUGUCGUGUCUGCCGAUGGCAAGAUGCCGUCGUUGGUGACAUCGAGCAGCAAUCUACAGUUGAAGCUUAUGCAUGUGUUUAAGCCUCAUUCGUCUGAUGUGACGGCCUUGGCUGUUGAUCCAACUGCGGAGAUAUUAGCUUCUGGGUCAGCAGAUUGUAGUGUCUUCUUUGUGAGUAUUGAUGCUGCAUAUGAGCCGAUCGGGUUUGUGAAAACACCAUCACCUGUACGGUACAUUCAAUGGUCACCACCUGAGCACGGCGAUCUCAAGCUGCUUGUUUGCUGCCUUGAUGGUUCAGUCCUUGAAAUUGUGGCUCCAAAAAAGGACGAGUUCGACACAAGCAAGACGUACCACCUCGAUCCUUUACAGUUCAAGCUAUUCAAGUUCCAAACGGUCAAGGAAAAGCUUCUACAAGGAGAGGAAGAAGAAAGGAAACGAGCAGAAGAAGAAGAAAGAAGACGACAGGAAGAGAAACGGAGGAGACAGAUGGGCUCAGACUCGGAGGCUGAAGCAGCUCAGGAAGGAGAUGAGAUGAGAAAGGAAGAGGGAGACAAGGACGAAGAAGUAGAAGAGAACAAUGAAGAUAAACAGGAAAAGGAGAAAUUUGUUCCCGGAAAGCUGCUGUGUGGCUUCUAUGGAGAGAAGAAAGGCUCGUUUGUGUUGUCAAUGGACGGCUCAGAUGCUGGUUAUCUGUACGAAUGCAGCUUCGAUGAUGUUCCACAAGGCAGCAGUGAUGGUUCAACUGAACCACGUCAAUGCUUCAAACUUCCAACCAUUAAUGGCAAAUAUGAAGCUAAUUUGACGACAACUCAUUUUGUACCGGACAGCAAGUUUGUGAUGUUUGGCACCGACGACGGUUGCAUUCGCGUCCACCAUCUACCAACCACCUCUCUCGACCUCACCAACUACUGGACGUUCUCGAUGCACGACAACCACACCGGCCACAUCAACCAACUCACCACAAGCUACGACAAGAAACACGUCUUCUCCAUCGGUCAAGACGGCAACUUCUUUGUCUACGACUUCAACAGCGACCUCCCAACACCCCAAACAUCACCACAAGCGAAACAACAAGCCACGAAGCCGUACGACAUCGAGCCAGGCAAAGAAAUCGAAGACAUCGACAACCCUGAACAUUACAGCAUCGAGGAGGCCAAACAGAAGGCGGAACACGAUCGAAUGCUUCGUCUCGCCGAAGAGAAAAAGAUGGCCGUCAGACGGCAAGUCGCCAAGCUGCGGCGACAGUUUCGUAACGUGAAGGCAAAGAACAAUGAUCUACCGAAGCAUCUGAUGUUGGGAAAGGAUAAGCUUGAGUUGGAUCCUCAUUUGAGGGAAGAGAUGAGGGUGCAGACGGAGAGAAGGAUCGAGUUGUUAAGGAAAGAGAUGGAGUGGGAGUCGGAGAAGCAUUUUGUUGCGUUGAGAAAGCUUGAGGCGAGGUUUAAGGACGUGAUACAGUUUGAUCGUGUGGUGGUGAAGGCGAUGAGGAUGCAACGGGAGGUGGCGACGUUCAAGACGGCUCAUCCGUCGGAUAAUUUUAGGGCUAUCCUUGACUCUUAUCGUAAGCAAUCAUCACGAUCAGACACUGAUGGUCCAUCAGAUGGCUCAGCUCAUCCAAUAGUAAAAGGCAGCUUGGCCACAUCAGCAGGUGGAGCUCACGUCCACUCACCCAGCAUUACAGGCAGUCACACACAACUCAGAGGUAAAGAAAGCAAGAAACUAAGCAAAGUUGAAGUGAGAAAGCAACGACGAUUAGCACGACAACUAGAGUGGGAUGAGUUGAUGAAACGUCAACCUGACGAGCACUACGAGGAUCCAGCCGAUGUUGCUGCAAUAGAAGAGGCUACCAGAAAUAUGGGUGACUUUAAGCUGAAGACCUCAAGUGAUUACAUUGUCCCUGAAGAUCAAAGAGUGAAUGCAGAGAAGAAACGCAUUCAGAUUGUUUUGUUACGAGAGCAGAUGUUUGAGAGAAGAAGGCAGUUUAAUAUCAGACUGUUGGCCGUUCGAGACAAGAAGGUGAAACUUGUGGGGCAAAUACGAGAGGAUCUAAAGCAGCUUGGUGAGCUGCAGCAGCAACUGAGUCCAGAGAAGAGAGUUGUGCUGCCUGAUGAACCACGAAUUGAUCCUGAAGAGGUUCCAGAGAAACAGUUGGAGACAGAUGCAGAGAUGCUGAGGAAGUUCAAGAGAGAGUAUGAUGCAAAAAUGGCUGCAGGGCAGAAGCAGCAAGGCGAUGACGACGGCGGAUUUGGUGGUUUUGGUGGCUUUGGUGGUGACCAACAAGAAGAAGCCAAUCAACAAGAACAAGGAAAAGAUGCCAGUGUCUCUCAAACCAACCUGUCUAUCAAACAAUCAAGCAGCGGGACAACAAUCUCCGAACCAAGUGAAUCAUCACUGAUUGACAAAGCAGAGACAAUAGAACUCUCACCAUUGGAGCAGCAGCUACAGAAGGCAAACGAGAUGAAAAUCAUCUAUGAGAGGGAUCGACUUCUUGCUAAAGUCGAGUUGUCAAUGAAGAUGUUCGACGAAGAAGUCCACGCUUUACAUCAUCACAAACAGAAUCUUGAGAUGGCACUCAAGCAAUGCGAUGUGCGUCAUGUGACGCAAUACGAGGAGCUUCUACUGCUGAAGGAGUUUGAGAAACGUGAAGAGCUUUUGGCUGGUAAGGUGGACACAAAGUUGGCUGAGAAGACAGAGAUGCAAGGCAAAGUGGUGGCUUGUGAGAAGCGAGUGCAAGUUAAGUUGAGAGAGAUUGAGAAGCUUGUGGAAAAAGAGAAGCAGCUGCACAGUAGCUUCACGACAUCACUUGGAGAGAACAACAAGUUUGUCGAGUUUCUAACGAAAGUUUUCAAGAAGAAAAUCAAACGGGUGAAGAAGAAAGAACAAAAAGCUGAAGGUUCAGACUCUGAGAGUGAGUAUGAGUCAUCUGAUGAUGACCUUAGCAGCUCUGAUUCUGACUCAGACUCUGAGAAUGAACUCGAUGACUCGGUGUGUCCUGUUGGUUGUGAUGAGAGUUUGUUUGAUAAAACAUUGGAGCUUCGCGAAAAACGGUUAGAUAUUGAAGAGGAGCUUGUUGACGAGAAGAAAGCAUCUGAAUUGCUGAAAAGGGAAUGGGAAGGAUUAAAGAAGAAAUUGAAAGUGAUUGAGGCUGCAUUGAAAGCAGCUGAAGCUGACCUUCAAGCUUUUCAAUUAGAAAAGCAACAGAAAAUUAACGAACUUGAUACCGUUGUCACUCUCUAUCUCCAUCAGAUUCAAUAUGUUGUGAACGGUUCUCUUCCCAGUGAUCUCUGCCAGUGCCUUGUAUUCAGUAAUACAGCAAUGUCGCAGCUACAGUGUCGCAUUGCUGAGUUAGAGAGCGAGAAACUCGAGCAGCAGAAGCUCUACAAGACGAAUCGACAGACACGAGUCAGACUGAUGAAGGAGAAGAAGGUGCUCGAGUCUUAUGUCGCUGAAUUGAUGCAGAAAGCCAACGAGAUGAUGGAGCUUAAGUUUGGGCGUCUCGUGGAUUUGGACAAACUCGAGGUGAUGACGGUAAACAAAGCAGCCGUGGAGCUGAAAGAGAAACUGAAAGAGCUGGAAAUGAAAAACAUUGGACAGUUAGCUAAGUGGCAGAGAGAAAUAGAAGCACUACAAAAGCAGUUGACGGAAGUUUUGAAGGAGAACACAAGACGUCUAGACACGAAGCUCGAGCUGAUGAAGCAACAACGAGACCUCGAGGACGGUCUAAACGCUCGACAAAAACAAAUGGGAAUCCUAUUUACUGGACAGAAAGGAGCAGAACGUCAAGAGCGUGAAAGACUGUUGAGACUCGUCAGUCUGCAGUCGCACGAGAUCGAAACUCUCAAGGAAGAAAUCAACAUUCUGUCGAGAAAGGGAGGUCACAUUCUCCCACCUUCUCAAGCUCCAAAUCAGCCAUCAGUCCUCAGUCCUCUUCCACCAAUCAGACAACAGUGAAGGCUAAAGUAUCAACAUUUCUGUGUAGAGUUGUGUGCUAGAAGAUGUGUAUGCAACUGCAUCUAUGGUUGUGGAAAGCUUUCUCUUUUCUGUGUAUUAUAAGCUUAGACUCGAUAUCAACAUUUAGGCAUGACGUAGAGGAAUACGCCACAUGCAGUGCAUAUUACCUAUAUGACGUAUUGUGCACAUUUGUAUUUGUCAAUUGAUUUAUUACUAAACAUAGUUUUACUACCAACUUGCGCGCAUUGAGGUUGG